GCCCAGAGGCGCCUGAGCUGCCGAGCCGAGAGGAUCCCCCCGCUGCCGAGCAGCCCCAGCGCAGCCGCAGCCACCAGGAUGGCCGAGGUGACCACUGUCCCCAUGGAGACACACACUGUCCCGAGUGAGUACGGCGACUACCACAACCUGUCCGAGCUGUUCUACCUCCUGAACCACACCUACACCUUCUGCGAGUUCAGCCUGGACGAGAACGUCAAACGAGUGGUUCUCUUCAUCCUCUACCUGGUCAUCUUCGUGGUGGGCUUGGUGGAGAACCUCCUCGUCAUCUGGGUCAACUGGCAGACACGGGGCACCAAGAGCUUGGUCAACCUCUACGUCAUCAACAUGGCCAUCGCUGACCUGGGCGUGCUGCUCUCGCUGCCCAUCUGGAUGCUGGAGGUGAUGCUGGAUUACACCUGGCUCUGGGGCAGCUUCCUCUGCCGCUUCACCCACUACUUCUACUUCGCCAACAUGUACGCCAGCAUCUUCUUCCUCACCUGCCUGAGCGUGGAUCGCUACGUGACCCUGACCAGCUCCUCCCUCUUCUGGCAGCGGCACCAGCACCGCGCGCGCCGCGCCGUCUGCGCCUGCUGCUGGCUCCUGGCCGCCGCCAUCCCCGUGCUGGAGGUGGCCCACAUGCAGCUGGUCAACACCGGGGAGCCCAUCUGCAUCUUCAUGGCUCCUUUUGAGACCUACGACGAGUGGGCUCUGGCGGUCAGCCUGGCCACCACCACCGUCGGGUUCCUCAUCCCCUUCCCCAUCAUCGCGGCGUUCAACGUGCUGACGGCGCGGUUCCUGCGGCGCGCCAAGCCCGAGAGCCGCAAGCACUGCCUGCUCAUCUACGCCUACAUCGGGGUGUUCCUGCUCAGCUGGCUGCCCUUCCACGUCGUGCUGACCCUGCUCACCCUCGAGGGCAACCACAUCAUCCUGCACUGCACCUUCGCCCACCUCCUCUACUUCUUCUACGACAUCAUCGACUGCUUCACGCUGCUCCACUGCGUCGUCAACCCCAUCCUCUACAACUUCCUCAGCAAGAACUUCCGCAGCAAACUCAUCUCUGCCGUGGUCAAGUACAUCCCCAAGGACCACGGUGGCCAGAAGGGAGCUGGAAAUUCCUCCUCCGGCACGCAGCACUCCAUAGUCAUCGCGAAGGACAACAGCCCUCCCAACUAA